CAGGAGAGCUGCAGGUACAAUCCCUACUGCAAACUCCGUCUGUCUGAAGUUUGACCGGACCCGCUGCCCCUCCUCGUCUGGCCGAUCCAGGAGUUCUGAGGUCCCAGCAUCAAGCGCUAAGCCUCGUGAGAGUGAGAACAUGCUGGGGGAAAGUGGGGAAGACAGUGAGGAAGAGCUCAGCCAGGAAGACCCAUUGGCAUGCUGGGAAAAUCUCCCCAUUCUGGACCGGCUUGGCCUUAGCAGUACAGAGAUGACAGAGAAGGAAAUGGAGAGCACCUUCCUGCAGCUGGCUUCGGCCUUCCGCUGUGACCAGUAUACCUUACAGAAGAGAUUGCAGGCGGAAGAGCACGCCCGCAAUGUGGCCGAGUGGAACGUUCACCUGGAGCUGGAGCAGGGGCGAGAUGCCCUCCAGGCACUGAAGGCCUUGUGUCUGGACACCAAGAGGAGCAAAAUCCUUCAGAGGCUUGAGCUCUGCCUGGAUGUCCUGGCUGGCUCCGUGCAGCGUAUCACCAACACGGCAGAGGUGCUGGGUGCUGUGCAUCAGGAGGCUCGUGUGAGCCACGCGGUGCAACUCAUGAUGGCCCAUGUGGAGAAGCUGCAGUGGCGGCAUGUCAGGGACUAUGCUGAGCUGGAGGAGGCAAAGAGGAUGGUGCAGAGGAGCAACUGUUCUCGGCAACUUAGCGAUCCCAGGGAUGAGGGUGAAAUGAGGCAGAAGGUCAUUAGGUCAGGCCAGCUCAGCACUCGGCGCAGAGUGAGUGUUGCUGUCAUACCCACUAGUCAGACUCGGAGUGAAAUACAAACUUUGCCAAUGAACCCCAAGGCUAACUGCCAAUUGGACAGCAGACAGCUACUGAACGGUGUAUCAGACAGUGGCCCCUUCCAUUCAACAGGGGGCCCCCACACCCCUCCACAGGUGCCAGGUCCUUCACAGGGCUGGGUUGCAAAAAGCUAUGUGCUGGACCUGCGCAGCCCGUCUCGGGAUCCCACGGACAGACAAUGCAGGAACCGAGGGCUGAAGGAGGGAGGCCUCACAGGUGGCUGGAGUACUCCGACGAAGCAUGAACUGCAGCUCAUGCACAGCAAGGAUUUCAGCUUGUACUCGUUUGUUGAUAACAACAAACAGCACCCCCCGCAGCCUUGGCUGUCUUAUUGCCACUGGAUCCUGUUCUGGAUGUACGUCAUAGCACUGCCUUGCAUUGUGCUGUUGGGCGUUUUGCUCUGCUGUCUGCAGGGUUCCAUCUUUUCACUAUGAAAUCUCACACUCACAGCAUUUCCCAGAACUAAAGCAGUGACCUUUCCUCCCAUGAGAGCUGCCAGUGUGUGUGGCAGAUAGGAUUCUGUUAACUUUCAAAAAUAUGUUUUGCCUUUCUGAAUUGCAUACCUUUGAUCAUCCAUGUAAGCACAUAUUGCAGAUGUGAAAUUCAGAAUAUUGCCUUGAAUCUGUUUAGGGCAGUAAGUUCCUUGACUCUGUAUCACUUUGAUUAAACAGCAGA